CAAGUUUAUCAGCAGGCGAACAAUGAUGGAAACACGCAAAAGAAGACGCCUGUCUGACAGCACCAAUUUGGAAUCGGAGCCACAAACUCCACAGGAUGGUCAGAAGAGCGAAUCUCCCAAGGGAGAAGCUCAUUCAUCCUCAAAGAAAGCCCAUCGCAGAACGCUUUUCGUGCGAUCAUUACCCCCGUCCGCAACCACAGAGUCGUUAACGGAAUACUUUUCACAAUCCUAUCCUAUAAAACAUGCCACAGCUGUUGCCGAUCCGCAAACAAAGCAAUGCAAGGGUUAUGGAUUUGUGACUUUUGCAGAUGUUGAAGAUGCCCAGCGAGCUCUAGGGGAAUUGAAUGGUUCCGUGUUUGACGGUCGGAAACUGAAAAUCGAAGUCGCUGAGCCGCGCCACAGAGAGAUUGAUGAAAAAAUUGGGAAAAGUGUGCCUUCUGCUGAGGCGACAAAGCUGAAGGAAGAAAGGGAGCAACGGAGAAAAGAAGCCCGACCGCCAAAGCUUAUUGUUCGAAACCUGCCAUGGAGCGUGGGGGAACCCGAACAAUUAGCUGUGCUCUUUAGAAGCUAUGGCAAAGUGAAACAUGCUGUUAUUCCAAAGAAGGGAUCCCGCCAUGCCGGCUUUGGUUUCGUUGUAAUGAGAGGGAAGAAGAAUGCCGAGAAAGCGCUUGAGGGAGUUAACGGAAAAGAAGUAGACGGAAGGACGUUAGCGGUGGAUUGGGCCGUUGAUAAAGAGGUUUGGGAUACUUUGCAACAGCCUACAGACAAUACGGCAGGGAAACUAGAAGAUGGACAGGCGGCUGUGGAAAACGGAGUUGAUGGACAUUCUAGAGUAGAGAACGACUCUGCCAAAUCAGAUGAUGCCAUUGAACUAGGCACGGAUGUUGACGCUGAAAUGGAAGACGUUGACUUCCAUGGCUCAGGAGACGAAGAAGAUGAAGAAGACGAGGAGCAAGAGGAUGACGAUGACGAGGAAGGAGACGGUGAUGAUGAUCGAAAUGCGUCCACCGUGUUCAUUCGAAACCUCCCUUUCAGCGCCACAGACGAGACCCUUUAUGAACAUUUUACCCGGUUCGGCGCCGUUCGUUACGCAAGAAUAGUCGUUGAUCCUGAAACCGACCGUCCUAGGGGAACUGGUUUUGUCUGUUUCUGGAAGGAAGACGAAGCUAAAGCAUGCAUCCGUGAAUCACCGAAGCGGACAGAAGAAGUACUAUCUAAGGAUUCGAAGCAAAAAUCUGCCUUUGCAAUCAAGAAGUCUGUCCUUGAAAAUGAGCAAGCGGAUCCUUCAGGCAAAUAUACCAUAGAUGGUCGUGUGUUACAAGUAUCCCAGGCAGUAAGUCGGAAGGAAGCGAGUAGGCUUGAAGCUGAAGGAUCCUCGCGUCGUGAUGCCCGAGAUAAAGAUAAACGGAGACUCUACCUAUUAUCUGAAGGAACGAUUCCUACAAAUUCACCCUUAUAUUCCAAGUUAUCUCCAUCCGAAGUUAAAAUGAGAGAAGCCAGUGCCAAACAGCGACAGAAGCUCAUAAAAAGCAACCCAAUGUUGCAUAUUAGCCUUACUCGACUUUCGGUUCGAAAUAUUCCAAGGCAUGUUGAUUCCAAGGUUCUAAAGCAGCUAGCACGGGAGGCCGUCGUCGGUUUCGCAAAGGAUGUCAAGAGUGGUCACCGCCAACCAUUAUCAAAAGAAGAGCUCUCCAGGAGUGCUGAACUCAUGAAAGAGCAGGAAAAGCUACGGAAAAUUAAGGGAAAGGGAAUUGUGAAACAAGCCAAAGUAAUAUUUGAAGGAAGAGAAGGUAGCAAGAUCUCAGAAACAAGCGGAGCAGGACGCAGCAGAGGAUACGGAUUUAUCGAGUAUACUUCUCAUAGAUCCGCAUUGAUGGGUUUGCGAUGGUUGAAUGGCUACGCUGUGGGUGUUUCACCUGGAUCUUCGAAAAUCGACCCGGACGAGAAAAAGAAGCGCCUUAUUGUGGAAUUUGCCAUUGAAAAUGCGCAGGUAGUGAAGCGAAGACAAGAAGCGGAAAUGAAAGAUCGCACUCAAAAUGAAAAGAAAACGUCGACUAGGGAAGGCUCGGAUGCUGUUAACAGCUCUGGAGGAGCAAAACGUGAAUUGAAGCGGAAACGAGGUGAUCGAUCAGCAGAUGCACGCAACGCGAAGAAGGCCAAAUCCUCAAUUCUGGCGUCCAAUGGUGCGGAUAAAUCGGAUGAUCAGAAUCAUAUCGCGAAAAGGAACCGUAUAAUUGCGAAAAAACGCAUGCUGAGGAAAACGAGAAAAGGGAAAUAAGGGCAUUGGUCUUACAUGGUCCCAAGACACCCAGCUUGUCAAUUAGCAAACAGGCUUUCAUCUCAAGAAAAGAAGGAUUUCCUUUCUGUGACGACGUCUGUCCUGUAUAUACUCGCUGUAGUUAUUACGGGCUAUCUACAGCCUCCAA